AUGACAUCCCCAGCUACUCUAGCGCGCAUAGCAGCGCAAGUCCACAUAACCGGAACCCUGAUGCCAAAGAACCUCACCGAAAGCCGACUCCUGCUAUCCACACUCCAGAAAUUCGGAGAAGUAAUCACAUACCGCAAUCUGAAGUACGAUACAACAAACAACUCCCCAAACCCCAACCGCCCAAUCCUCGCCAUCUUCGAAACAGCCGACGCAGCAGAACGCGCAAUAACAGCAUCACCCAUAACCAUUCCCGUCCCCCCGUCCACACCCUCGUCCUCGCCUUCACUCCCAACCUCCAAGCUCUCCUCAAAUUCAACGAGUAAGCCCCGCUCACUGGUAAUUGAUAUCCAACCCUCGCGCCACAAUCACGCCUCAGCACUCAAACGCAGCCCGUUCUACUCGACCUACAAUCUCUUCAAGGACAAUCCCAUUUACGCAGAUCUUAUAAGCGAGGAAACGGGGAUCCCGCUUAAGGAGCUGGCGGAUACGCUGCCGAGUAAGAAGUAUUCGAUUGGUCCUGGGGUUAAGGAUAAUAUUCAGGCGGAGAAUCGGCGCAUGGGGGCGGCGAGUUUGGUGGAUAUGUGGAAGGAGCGGAUGGGGAUUCAGACGGGCAAUGGUAACGGGGAGGCAGGGGAAAGGGACGUGGAGGAUGCUGGUGGGAUUAGGGAGCCUGGUGAACGGGGGAGUGAUCUGAAGGAUGGGGUUAUUUGA